CCCCCUCUCCUCCUUACCAACAACCUCGUUCCAACACACCCGUACACGCUCCUUCGAACGUGUUCUCUCUCGGUAACAACGACAACGGUCCGUCUCUGAAUACCGCUGCAACCCGUACGUUGGACAAACUUCGCCACGGUCGCAAUCACUGCUUGCUACCCGCGCACACCGAACCCCAUUGAACGCGAAAAGUCGCCUGUUCCUCGUCGGCACUCGAGAAUAGGAUUCGUUCAUUUCCGCACUCUGAUCGGCAAAACCUUUUGUUGUCAUCUCGACUCAGUGGUGCUGCUGGCUGGUCGGAACUUUGUUCGCUCAACCACAGUUCAGACCUGACUUCCGCAUUUACUCACCUCACACUACAAACCCCCCAAGUUUGAUUCGCGAUAGAAUGACUACACGAGCCCUCGGUGCGUCUGAAACUGCAACCUCGUACGCGGCUGCUCUGGCGUCGGGCUCUUCGAAAGCUGCUCUCGCAUCCAAAGUUGAGGUUUCACCCGCUGUACCAGCUAUGGUCAUGACGAACGGCAUCCCGGAACCCGUCACCGGCACUUCCGAUCAUCUCUCUACGCCCGCUGAAUCGCGUCCAAAGUCCGCUGACUCCUCUGCGCCGGAGGUGUCGAGACAGUCUACCCCGGUCAUCAGCUCAAACACCAAACAGGAUGACGACUCGACCAGCGCUGCGGCUGCGGCUGCUGACCUGCACGAGGAGAGGUCGAACGGAUGGGAAGGAAACUCGCAGACGUCGAGCCACCCGGAUAGCAAAUCUAGUGGUGCGGACUCCGCCAGGGCUAGCGACUAUGUCCAGCCGACUGUGACCGUGAAUGUAUGGCAGAAACGACAGGAGGAGGCUGCCAAGAAGAGCGUGUCUCCGGGCAUCCCUGCUUCGGUCUCGCCUGGUCCGGCACAGAAAUCGUCGGCUUCUGACAAGGGGCUCUCUACCGGUAAGAAGAUUGCGAAUACCGAUGAGAAGAAGGAUGUGGAUGUGAGGAGGGGCACCGACGAGGUACCAACCAAACGUGGCAAUCGGCGGGGUCAGUCUCAGGAAAACGACACCACACUGUCACUACCGCCCCCGGUCACCGAUACUAUCUCCUGGCCGACACCGGAUCUCGCUCAAGGUGAGUUUAAGAAGGAGAAGGAAAAGGAGAAGGAGAAAGACGAGAAGGAAAGGAUUGCCCCAGCCGCAGGACGUGGUGGUACCAAGACCUGGGUUCCCGUGGCCAUCGAUCCUCCGUACGUCCCGCCGAUUCAGACUAAGAGUAGCCGCGAAGGUCGUGGGGGCCGGGGCGGGCGUGGUGGUGGGCGUGGUGGUGCAGCCGGUUCCAGUGACAGACCUGAGAGGAUCACUGGAUCUGGACAGGCUGCUGCCACUUCCGGAGCAACGGAGAGCGAACGGGGUCGCCAAUAUCCCACUCGUGGGACUUACCAAGGAAGCAAAGGUGCGAAGCGGACGUCCAGUCCCGGCGGUACCACCCAGCGACGAGAGUCCAAGGCUGGUGUCACCAACGGUCCUACGGAGCGAAGGAAGGAUGCUGCGGAAUGGAACGUCGAAGCGAAUGGACUCGUAGCGGCAUCUGGCGCGGUUCAGCCUGAGAGGAGCCGACCAGUCAGAAUCGCAGAGGAUGCUACCUACGGCGGUGCCACGAACCGCCAAUCUUCGGAGGACCAGGAGAAGGCAGCUAGCAACCACACUCGGCCAGAUAGGGGAACCCAGUGGCACAAUGGCGCAGGGCGCGGGGAGUCUGAAUCGCCCAGCACGUAUCCUCCGAGGGAGCGUGGUCGCGGUGGUUACAGGGGACGUGGGGUCUAUCACAACCAGUUUGCGAACGGACAUCAUGCUUCCCCGGCUGGCUACCAGGGACACUCCAAUCCUGCAAGCCCACCAUUCGCGACUUCAAAUGUAAAUACACAUCAGUACCCUCAGCACACCCAUCCGCGCGUAGGAUCAUUCAGGGGCCGUGGUAAUUCGGGGUACAACGCUCACCCCUACAGGUUCAAUCCUGCCAUGCAGCCACCUUCGCUCCCGCAAUUCGCUUAUGGUGGCGCUGGAUUGCCCUAUGAGUACGCCAUGAUCCCUGGAAUGCCGGUGGUCGACUAUGGCGCUCUCACCGUUCAAAUCAACUACUACUUCUCAGUAGAUAACUUGAUUAAGGAUAUUUACCUGCGAAAACACAUGGACAACGAUGGCUACGUUAGGCUGUCGUUCAUCAUGGGCUUUCAGAGGGUCCAGCAACACACCAAAGAUAUCAAUGUGCUGAGAGAUGCUUGCCUGAGUUCUCCGGAGAUCCAGCUGACGUACGGGGUGGAUGACUACUACGUCCGCAAGAAGGAAGGUUGGGAGAACUGGGUAUUGAAGGAGUCGGACCGUGACGACUCUGCCAAGCGUGGCAUGAGUGACUGGCACUUUGAUCCGCGCCAGCGUCAGCAGCAGAACGGUACGACGCUUACUCCCCCAGGAGAGAUGUCCGGAUCAGCGGAACCUUUUUUCCCUGACGCCGCCGGCAUGCCUUUUUACCCGCAACCGAUAAACACGGCUUUCGGCUAUCAAACCCCCGCCUCGAUUCUUUCGGCAACUGUCCCCGAGUUUUCCCCGUCGUCCAACAAUGUGCAGCAGGGUAUAGACGGAGAGAUCAAUCCCUCGGUGCCCAUGCAGCCCAUCGACGAGUGCAAAGAUGCAGAAGUUGAUGCUUUGAUGGUCGUCGUCAAGCGUCCAUCGACCGGUGACAGCGGUGCUGUGCAGACUAACGGCGUGACCGACAUCGGCGGCAUUGAUGCGAGACUGCGUAAUUCCAGCCUCAGCAACGGAGACGGUGCACACGAAGAGUCUGGAAGGACUUCGCAGUCAAGUGCCCAUGGUGUGGACCCGAACAUGACUCAUCGCAGCUACAGCGAAGUUCGCGCCCAGGCCCUCAAAUACAGGGAAACCAACGGUCUAUUCAAGAACAAUGACUUGAUUACUCUAUACAAGUUCUGGUCGCACUUCCUGGUUAAGAGCUUCAACAGGGCGAUGUACCGAGAGUUCAAGCACUUUGCACUUCAGGACGCAGACAUGGCUGUCAGAUGCGGCAUUGAGGAGAUCUUCAAGAUGUACGAGCGUUCGUUCAAGGACCGCAAAACCAUCGGAUACGAGAUCAUCAAUGACUUUGUCGAGCUAGUCAAGACCGAGGCCAGGCACGGUGAGACCUUCGGCAUGGAGAAGCUCAGGUCGAUCCUGGAGAACCCCAACCUCAAGGACGACUACAGGAAUGUCAUUGAAAGCCUCCUCGACAAUGACACGCGUGCGAUCCUCUCCCAGGAGAUGGCAAAGAAGGGUUCUCGCUCCGAGAUCUACAAGGCUGCAACCAUGGCAUCAUAGGAGAUGGCUUGGUACGCUCCUGACGGAUCUUGUGUGGCGUGGGGAUGGUAAACUGCGAAGACUUUAUUUCGAUUGAACGAAGCAGUUUUACAGAAGUGGAAUAGGUGAGGAUCACAGGGUGGGGCAAAAUAAGAUUAGGAGUGGAAAUGGAGUGUCUGGUCUGGCGGAGGGGUCUUCCUUUUACCGUUCUUUCUUCUUUUUCCUUUUUUCUUUUCUUUUCAAAA